AAAUGCUUUUCUUUCUUCUUUCUUGUUUCUCUUUCAUAAUUCUCUCCAAGUUUUCUCUCUUCAAAACACUCCCAAAUUGGAACAAUCUCAAAAUGGGUAUCUUCUCAUUUCAAUCGUUCUUCAAACACAUGUUGAAAACAAACAUGAUCAAACAAGAAAAGGGUAACUUUAGUUCAAAGACAGAAGAAACUUUAUUGGAAAAAGAUAAUCUUUCUUUACUGGAUUUGCCAGAUUUGCCCUUGGAGUGCAUUCUUGAGAAGCUUUCUCCAUCUGGGUUAGCUAGUAUGUCAGGGGUAUGUAGGUCUUUUAGGGUCAUGUGCACACAAGAUCAUUUGUGGGUUAAACAUUUGAACCAGAAAUGGGGUAAGUUCUUGAUGGGUGGGUCUAUGUUUGAUGAAUGGAAGAAGUACAUUGAUGUUAAAAAGAAGCAAAGCUUGAAGGAUUAUUGUAAUGGAAAAGGGUAUUUUGGUCUUUUCACUUGGUGGAAGAAAAAUGGGAAGUUGAAUGAAAGUAGUGUUUUUUUGCCUGUUGAUUCUAUCAUGUCUUGGUAUCUUUCUCUUGAAAGUGGAAAGUUUUCUUUUCCUGCUCAAGUUUACAAUAGAGAGAAUGGAAAUAUUGGGUUUUUAUUGUCUUGUUAUGAUGCAAAAGUUAGCUAUGAUUCUCACACAGACAGUUUCAAGGCCAGGUAUGCAUCACAGGGUAGGCCAACAAUUGAAGAAAAUAUAAAAUGGGAAAGGCUAAGAUCACCAGUAGUUGAUACAUCACCAUAUGAUCUUCAUGUUUCUGACUGUUUGACUGAUUUACAACCAGGAGACUACUUUGAGGUUCAGUGGAGGAAAUCUAAAGAGUUUCCCUAUGGUUGGUGGUUUGGUGUUGUUGGCCACUUGGAAUCAUGUGAUGGUAACAAGCUUUAUUGCCAUUGUCAUCAUAGUGACUCGGUGAUAUUGGAGUUCAGGCAGUACAAUUUGGGGUCAAGAUGGAGGGAAGUGGUGAUUGACAGAAGAGACCAUAGAGAAACAGGCAAUGAAACAAAUGGGUUUUAUGCAGGGAUCCGGAAACUUAACGAUGACAAAGAGAUAGCGAUGUGGAAGAGCCUUUGACCGGCUCAGCCGAUGUUCGAUUAGUAUGAACUUUGUCGUAAAUAGAAGGUUUACAUAGAGAAUUUAGAGGUCAAUAGAGAUGAUUUGGUAUUGGUUUUUGUUGGUUGAUGCAUAGAGGUUUAAGAAGACGAAAUGUAACUUGUAAAAAGUUGGUACCAAAGGGCUAUGGUUAAGGUUAGGUUAUGUAUGUAUGUGUCGGUUGAUAUAAUGUUUAUCAUGAUUAUUGA